CGAGCAGAAUUGAAGGACAUCCUCUUAGGAUUCUGAGAGAAAUUGUUUGCUAAUCCAAGGUGUACCUUGGGAAGUAUGGGGCUGGAAAUGCUGCUACCAUGGACUGUUGAAGCUGAGUUUGGAAUCAGCUGCUCUUUCCCACUGGAUGCUACUGUGAUGAGAGGUCAUGGACUGUGUUUUGGGGAAAUGAUUGGACUGGAAGCUGAAACUGAACUAUGGGGCACUGGUUUGCACCAAUUUGCUGCUGGUGUUGCUGCUGUACUUGGCCGAAAGCACUGCUAGGAACACUGCCAGGAAGAUGCUGGUUUUGGGUUUCCUACCUAUCCACUUGCGGUGUCUGAACUCAAACCGAGGGCAGCAAUGAAUGAAGGCUUUCAGG